AUGCCCGCACCAGCAGUAGGAGCAGCGCCUGUCUCCGCCGUGAGAGCUCGCCUCUCCGGACCCCCUGGAAUCAAGGGUAUCAUAGCAUCUGGAAAGACCACCGGUAUUGCAUUCUUCGCUUCGCUUGGUGGCUUCGUCUAUGGCUACAACCAGGGCAUGUUCGCUCAGGUCUUGACCAUGAGCUCCUUCGUAAAAGCGACAAAUGGCUAUGCUAAGGGCACUGGUACUGCCCAGGGUUUACUGACUUCGAUCCUGGAACUCGGUGCUUGGGUGGGAACCCUCUUCAAUGGCUACCUUGCUGACGCUGUUGGACGACGUUGGUGCGCCCUGAUUGCCUGCUGCGUUUUCACCAUCGGUGUCAUCGUUCAGGCCUGCACUGUCAAUAAGGAUUAUGUUCUUGCCGGUCGUUUCGUCACUGGUCUAGGUGUUGGAUCUCUGUCCAUGGUCGUCCCAUUAUACAAUGCCGAGCUCUCCCCCCCUGAAAUCAGAGGAUCUCUGGUAGCAGUACAACAGCUUGCCAUCACUUUCGGUAUCAUGAUCUCGUUUUGGAUCGGAUAUGGAACAAAUUUUAUCGGCGGCACUGGUGAUUCUCAGUCAGAUGCAGCUUGGCUGAUCCCGAUUUGCAUCCAAAUUCUUCCUGCCCUGAUCCUCGGUGCAGGCAUGACGAUGUUCAUGCCGGAGUCACCUCGUCAUUUGAUGAACAUAGGUCGCGAGGAAGAAGCACUUACAACAUUGGCCCGCCUGCGAAACAAGACCACCGAAGACAUGGGUGUUCGUGUCGAGUAUCUCGAGAUCAAAGCUCUCCGUGAGUUCGAGGUUGAGACUGCCCGCAAGAAGUACCCUCAAUACCAGGAUGGAAGCCGUAAGAGCAACUUCCUCAUUGGCUUCCACGACUAUGCUUCGUUGAUCACCGAUCCGUCUCUGCGAAGAAGAACCAUAACCGCAUGCUUGACAAUGACUUUCCAGCAAUGGAACGGAAUCAACGCCAUUAACUACUAUGCUCCGUUCAUUUUCGAUAACUUCGGAUUCGGCGGAAACACAACUUCUUUGCUGGCCACGGGUGUUGUUGGUGUGAUUGAAUUCCUUCUUACCAUCCCUGCUGUUUUGUAUGUCGACAAGUUCGGUCGCAAGUCGAUUCUUCUCGCUGGAGCAAUUGGAAUGGCUACAUGCCAUUUCAUCGUUGCUGGUCUCAUUGGAUCCUACGAAGGUUCUUGGGCAAGCCAUGCCGCAGCUGGCUGGGUUUGUAUCGUCUUUGUGUGGAUCUUCAUCGGUAAUUUUGCGUACAGUUGGGGUCCUGUAUCAUGGAUCGUCGUGUCCGAAGUCUUCCCCCUCAGCAUGCGCGCCAAGGGCGUUUCUCUCGGUGGCAGUGCCAACUGGCUCAACAACUUCGCUGUCGGACUCUCCACCUCACCAUUCAUCGAAGCAUCUCAAUUUGGCGCCUUCAUCUUCUUCGGUUGUAUUACCGUCGUUGCUGCGCUCUGGGUCUUCUUCCUGCUUCCUGAGACCAAGGGCCUGACUCUUGAAGAGAUGGAUGAAUUGUUUGGAGAUGCUGGCUUCGCUGAGGCUGAUCUGGCACUCAAGGCCAAGAUCGAGAGAGACAUUGGUCUUACCGCUCUUCUGUACGGAGAUGAGGAGCCUACGCCGACAGAAAAGGUCGGUGGAAUGGGCAAGGGCGAGGAGAGAGAAUUCAAGGAGGAUACGAAGAGUAUCAGUCUGUAA